AUGGAUAGUCCAAGAAACAUCACGGAGUUUUUCAUGCUGGGACUCUCACAAAACCCCAAGGUGCAGAGAGUUUUAUUCGUGCUCUUUUUAAUUGUCUACCUGAUCUCUGUUGGGGGCAACCUGCUUAUCGUGAUCACCAUUAUCUGCAGCCCCACCUUGGGCUCUCCCAUGUACUUUUUCCUCUCAUAUUUGUCCUUUAUUGAUACUUGCUAUUCCUCAUGUAUGACCCCCAAACUGAUUGCUGACUCCAUGUAUGAGGGGAGAGCCAUCUCUUAUGAGGGCUGCCUGGCUCAAUUCUUUGUUGCCCAUUUGUUGGGAGGAACUGAGAUCAUUCUGCUCACAGGGAUGGCCUAUGACCGCUACGUGGCCAUCUGCAAGCCCCUGCACUACACGACCAUCAUGACCAGGCAUCUCUGUGCCAUGCUGGUGGGGAUGGCUUGGCUGGGAGGCUUCCUGCAUUCAUUGGUUCAGCUUCUGCUGGUCCUUCAGUUGCCCUUCUGUGGACCUAACAUGAUCAAUCACUUUGUUUGUGACUUGUACCCCUUGCUGGAGCUUGCCUGCACCAACACAUAUGUCAUUGGUCUGCUGGUGGUGGCCAACAGUGGUGUGAUCUGCCUGUUGAACUUCCUCAUGCUGGCUGCCUCCUACAUCGUCAUCCUUCGCUCCUUGAGGUCCCACAGUGCAGAGGGGAGGCGCAAAGCCCUCUCCACCUGCGGGGCCCACUUCACUGUCAUUGCCUUAUUCUUUGUACCCUGUAUAUUUAUUUACAUGCGUCCAUCAUCUACUUUGCCCAUAGACAAAAUAGUGGCUGUGUUUUAUUGUAUCUUGACACCCAUGUUCAACCCCCUGAUUUAUACACUAAGGAAUGCAGAGGUGAAAAAUGCCAUGAAAAAUCUCUGGAACAAAUGAGCAAUUGUGGAGGGAAGAUACAGGUACAGGAGGGAAAUAAAUAACCGGGCAUUUUCAGUAGGAAUCCUUAUUGUCAUGACAAAAGCUGA